AUUGUAAUAUUUUAAUGUUUAUGUUAUAUAUGUUUAUAAAUAUUAUCUUUAUAUAAAGAUUUAUAUAAAGAUUUAUAAUUGUAUAUAAGAUUUAAGAUACAUUUGUUAUUUUUAUGUGAAGAUUUCGAUGAUGUUAUAUCAAGUGCAUAUAUAAAUAAGAAAUUAUUCUUCUUUACAUAGAUCUGAGAAUAAUGCACAUGCUUCAAAUUUACGAGACUACAAAAUUUUAUUACUUCACAUGAAACAUGCUCGUGAAAGAAUUCAAGAAUUUGAUCGAUUACAAAGAGCACGACAUCUUUUGGAUGCUAUUUCAUUAGUAAAUGAUUUGCUUACUGAUGGUUCUGAAAUAGAAAUACUGACGCUUGCUGGUAUAAUAGUAAGAAGAUUAAAUAAAUUAGGUGUGCCUAAUGUAACGGCGGAUAAAAAAAAUGAAUAUUGGUACGAAGAUGCGAAAUUAUCAGCUUUGAGACUUACACAUAGCGGUAUUUAUCAUUGCUGUACAUUUUGCUCUAGUGGUGGAAAAAAAGAAAUAACUUGCGGCUGUAAAGGUACUAUGCCUGGUGGGUACAAAGGUUGUGGCCAUGGACAUAUUGGACAUCCAGGGUUUAAUCAUUGGUCUUGUUGUGGAUCUAUAUUACGCAAUGGACGUUGCUUAAUUAUACGAAAAACCACACAUCAAAUUACAUUAUGACAAAAUAAACUAUUAAAUAUA